GCGCGAGAAUCGUUGACUCACCAGGAUACUAUGGUCCGUCCUCGUGUAGCACAGAAGAUGUGCAGUCGGCUCUGCGGAACAAUUAGCAUCGGCAACAACGUAGCUUGGCUAUCUACGCUUCACUAAGAUCGCAAGCAGGUGGCAUCUUCGAUUCGCAAUGCCGGGCUCCACGAAUGGUGCGCUGCUCAUGCUACCGGAGGAAGACCGCAUGCAGUUACAGGACCGCACCGCUGAGCAAGUUCGUGACUGGAUAACCUCCAAGACGCUCGCUGUGCGGCGCUACUUGCUGAACCUGCAAUCUGCAUUCAACUCGACUCUCCCCGUGAACACGCUGCCGAACGAGGUUCUGGUCGAAAUCCUGCGCCUUGCUUCCGCGUCAGAUGAUAGCGGCGCCUGGAUGACGGCGGCCACCGGUGUAUGCCAGUAUUGGAGGGACGUCACUUUGAAUACACCUGUUCUAUGGACCAACAUCGAUCUGUCGGCGAGCCCACGCUUUAUAACACUCUGCCUUGAUCGCUCGCGCGGUGCAGGCCUCAGUAUGCAUCUACCACGACCGGAGCCACAAUUGGAGUACCUCGAGCGGGCCAAGAUCGACUUCUCUGCCAUCACCCCCCUUCUAGAUUCGCAUCAUUCACGAAUCACGAACAUCGAUCUCUAUAUUGACAUUCACCACGACAGUGAGACGAGCUCACUCUGGCAAGUACUCGACGGCUCAAUACCCGCGCUGUGUUCGUUGGACGUAGAGGUGGCAGAGUCUCCUCUGCCGUGGACCCCUGGCCCUCUUCCGUAUCUCCGGAGCCUGUCCUUGACUCGGGUCACACCCGACUGGACUAAAUUGCCACUCUCGCAGUUAACGUCCUUGAAGCUUUGCCUCGUAGAAUUACCUGAAGAUGGACCCUUCGCAUCUCUUCUGAACGUCCUGAAAGCAUGCGCCUCCUUGGAGGCAUUUAACUGCGACUUCGCCCAUGAGGGACUCGGCCGACUGGACAGACGGAAUCAGCACGAAGUGGAUCGCAUUAUGUCACUACCUCGGAUGCGACACAUCCAAUUAUCAGGAAACGGGAGGGGUAUCAAGAACUUGCUUGCGAGAAUCUCACUGCCACGCUGCGCUCGUGCAUCGCUCCAGCCGAGCUCAUCAGCCUACUCCGACUCGCCCUCAGAAGAUCGGCCGGUCCUCAAGGCUUUCCUUCCAACGGAC